AAACAAAAUAUCUAUUUUUAGUCUGCAAAACUGAAAGAGACGUGUAGGCGGUUUGCCGAGCGAGUGCAGCACGAGCAGCAUAGUGCAGAACUAAUCAUGGUGCAGCUCGACUGCAAAUCCCGACGGGGCACCAAAAUCUCGGUCAUCGUGCUGGGCAGCGCCCUGUGCUUUGUGAUGAUGGCAUACUUUGUGUUUGGGGACAGCAACGACGAGCAGGGCUUGCGAAAUCUACGCAUGAUCUCCAUUCUGUUUCGUCACGGCGCCAAGAAUCCAAGUGGGUUUUAUCCGCAUGAUCCGCAUGCAGCGCACGACUGGCAGGGUGGCAUUAGCGCCCUCACACCGAGGGGCAGCCUGCAGGCUUACAAUCUGGGCAAGAACCUGCGGAUGCGCUACUAUCGCCUGUUUCCUCCGAACAGCCUCUACACACAGCAGCAGGUGCACGUGCUCAGCUCUGCUGCGGAACGCUGUGUGAUGAGCGCCCAAAGCGUCUUGGCCGGUUUCAUGCCACCGCUGGAGAACAAUAAUGUGCUGCCCAUACCCUGGCAACCAGUGGCUGUAAAUACAUUAUCUCGCAACGAUGACAUUCUGCUGGCCCAGAAGAAACCCUGCCUCAAAUAUGACACCAUACUGCAGAAGCUCUACAAGUCGCCCACACCAGAACUGCAGAAACUGAACGAGGACAACAAGGAGCUGUACAAGCUGCUCACAAAGAACACAGGCAAGAACAUUUCGAAUGUGUUGGAUGUGGAGCUGCUGUACGGCACACUGAAGACGGAGGAGGAGGCGGGUCUGGUGCUGCCCGAUUGGACCGAGAAUAUAUAUCCAGAGGAGAUACGGCCGCUGGCCGAGCGUAGCUAUGCUUUGUUCACAGAAUCCAAUCUGAUGAAGCGCAUCAAGGGCGGCGCCUUCCUCACUGAAAUACUCAACAAAAUGCAAAAUAAACGCAAGAAGAACUUGAGUCCGGAUCGAAAGAUAUUCCUAUAUGCCGGGCACGAUGUCACGCUGGUUAAUGUGAUGAACUCGCUGGGGAUACUGGAUCAGACGGCCAAGCUGCCGGAAUACGCAUCCGCCUUGGCCUUUGAGCUGCAUCACAGCAAAUACUUUAGUGAUGGCGACUUCGAAGUGAAGUUGGUUUACUACUACAACAGCGACGACAAGUUCCCCAAGGAGCUGAGCAUACCCAAUUGUGAUGUGCCCUGCUCGCUCACGCAGUUUGAGGCCUCGCUGAAGGCACUGCUCCUGGACAACUACGACGAUACCUGCGAGAAUCAUCCGCCCGACUGCAGAAACUAAAAUUAUUGAUUCGUUUUGUUUUGUUUUGUUAUUCAAAACUUAAUAUAAUAGAGAGGUAAAGGUUGCUGCUGCUCUAAGCAGCCCAGUUGUAAAA